CCGGAACGGACAUCAAAUCCUACGGAGUCGCCGCAGAGAGAAAACCUUUUCCCUCGCUCGUCUGCGAAGUUCCAAUAUUUCCGGCCUCCCAUUGUUUCCAUAAGGAGUUCUUGCCUAACCUCUUUCCUCCGCUCCUUAUAAAAUUCCAAACCCUAGCAAUUGAUUAAUCCAAUUUCGUUCGGAUCGGCGAUGGAAACGAACUUUGGGAAUAAGAUUACUUUGAAGAGCUCGGAUGGUGAGGAAUUCGUCGUAGACGAGGCGGUGGCGAAGGAGUCGCAGACGAUCUUGCACAUGAUUGAGGACGGAUGCGCGGACAGCGGCAUCCCUCUCCCCAACGUCAACAGUAGGAUCCUCGCCAAGGUCAUCGAAUACUGCAAGAAGCAUGUCGAUUAUGUCGCGAAAUCUUCCUCUACCGUUGUUGUUGUGGACAAGUCAGCCGAGGAAGAGCUCAAGAGUUGGGAUUCCGAAUUCGUGAAGGUUGAUCAGGCUACUCUCUACGAUCUCAUCCUGGCUGCAAAUUAUCUGAACAUCAAAGGUCUUCUUGACCUUACUUGCCAGACAGUCGCUGACAUGAUAAAGGGCAAGACACCUGAAGAGAUCCGGAAAACCUUCAAUAUCAAGAAUGACUUCACUCCCGAGGAAGAGGAAGAAGUGCGGAGAGAGAACCAGUGGGCCUUUGCCGAGUAAUGGGAAUCAUACUCUUCUUUUGCCUGUUUUGUUUUGUUGACGAUGAUGAUGCAGUCUAAUGGCUUGGCUUGAAGAAGGAAGUACUUUUUGUUAUAAGUUUUGCCACUUUCUUAUGUAAAUAUGGAUGUUUUAUCUUUUAGUCGCAAAUGCUGUAGACCAAUGUCAAGUACAGAACUUGUUUUAAAAUUUGUUGUUCUUAACCUACAGAAGCAUUUCUUUGUGCUA